UCUCAUAUUAUUUGUUCCAGUUCCCACCGAAAAGGGAGCCACAGGUCUUAGUAACCUGGGAAAUACAUGCUUCAUGAACUCAAGCAUCCAGUGCGUUAGUAACACACAGCCACUGACCCAGUAUUUUAUCUCAGGGAGACAUCUUUAUGAACUCAACAGGACAAAUCCCAUUGGGAUGAAGGGGCAUAUGGCUAAAUGCUAUGGGGAUUUAGUACAGGAGCUUUGGAGUGGAACUCAGAAGAAUGUUGCUCCAUUAAAGCUUCGGUGGACCAUAGCAAAAUAUGCUCCCAGGUUUAAUGGGUUCCAGCAACAAGACUCCCAAGAACUUCUGGCUUUUCUCUUGGAUGGUCUUCAUGAAGAUCUCAACCGAGUCCAUGAGAAGCCGUAUGUGGAACUGAAGGACAGCGAUGGGCGACCAGACUGGGAAGUAGCUGCAGAGGCCUGGGACAAUCAUCUGAGAAGGAAUAAAUCAAUUGUUGUGGAUUUGUUCCAUGGGCAGCUGAGGUCCCAAGUUAAAUGCAAGACAUGUGGGCAUAUAAGUGUCCGAUUUGACCCUUUCAAUUUUUUGUCUUUACCACUACCAAUGGACAGUUAUAUGCACUUAGAAAUAACAGUUAUUAGGUUGGAUGGUACUACCCCUAUACGAUAUGGACUAAGACUAAAUAUGGAUGAGAAGUACACAGGUUUAAAAAAACAGCUGAGUGAUCUCUGUGGACUUAAAUCAGAACAAAUCCUUCUUGCAGAAGUACAUGGUUCCAACAUAAAGAAUUUCCCUCAGGACAACCAAAAAGUACGACUCUCAGUGAGUGGAUUUUUGUGUGCAUUUGAAAUUCCCAUCCCUGGAUCUCCAAUUUCAGCUUCUAGUCCAAUACAGACAG